GCCGUUCAGUGCGAAUCAAGCUUCCGCAGCGAUAACAACCGUCAACGACGCGUCACCUCAUUACGCCUACUUUGAUCUGAUUUUCGAUCUUUUCAAAAGUCGGAUCAUUCUAAGCGGGCGCGCGCGCGAUGAUCUAGUCGACUGAUCGACCACGUGGAAUGAAUCACACCCGAUCGCGAUCGUCCAUUAGAUUGUUAGCUGUUGAACCAGUUGAUCCGGGCACUUCAAAGCUGAUCAUCACCAAAGAUCGUUUUCUCCUCAAUCAACCGGUGGUGGUUGUGAAAUUCGGAGAGCGAGAAAGGGUGAAAACCACCGUGGUCAAGAGAAAGCAACGAGUUGCAGCGAUUUUGGGCAGGAAAAGGAAAAGCGAAAUCGUGAGAGCCGACACGGUUCCAAGAAGCGUUUCGUGCUGGUGCAGCAGUAGCUGGGAACGGUGGUCCGGGAAUACAGACCGUAAAGUCGGGCCUGACCUUGAUAGUCGCGUCGCGCACGCGGUCGUUGAACGGUCGAUACGACGACGUUUUCGGCGACGACUUUCGUUCACUGUUUCGGGUAGCAAUUCUCCGAGAAUUGUUUGUGUUCAGUGUUUUGUGGGAGUUAUGAUUAAUCGUGCUAAAUUUGUAUUCUGUGAGUGAGCUCGAGAAAAAAAAAUCAGUGAAGAAGCGAAAAUCUCAGUCUCACAAAGGCAGCGUUUGUGUUUUAGGUCGUGGACCGUUUUAGCACGCGCACGCGGAACCACUUGUGCACGAGACCGCCUGAGUUGUGUGACUAACGGGAGUAAAAACGGGGAAAUUGAUGAGAAGUAGUCGUUGCAACGGCGCAGCUGAGACGACGACCAAGACCAAGUCAUACAGAAUUGCGAAUUGCCUGCGAGCUUGGAGCGUUCCCGGAGAAGAACCCUGCGAAGUUUCACACAAUCACAAGAAAUGGAUCGGCAAAGUGUUGCACUGGCCACGGUGCUACUGCUGCUGGUUAUAGAAAUCGACACCGCCCUCGGGGUCAAGUGUUUCCGGUGCACGGUGGCCCCACCGAACCGGUACGCCAACAACACCAAGCCCCAGCUCUGCUCCAAGUUUGACCACUCCGACUACUACACGGUGGACUGCCCGUGGUCGACGAUGUGCGUGAAACGAAUCUUCAAGCUCCAGCUGAUGAAGGCCGAGCAGGAAACCAUCAGCCGGGACUGCGCCCAGCAGAAGAACACGGAACAGAUCUACAAGAACGGUAACUGGACCAAGGAGCACCACAUCGAGGAACCGUACGAGGAGGGUUGCCAGACGAUAGACGACUCGACGUACUGCUUCUGCCGGGGGUCGCUGUGCAACUCCGCGACCAAGGUGGAGAAGAACAGCUACCACACGGACGCGAUGGCCGUCAUUUUUGUGUUCAACGUGAUGAAGUAUAUACGGAACAUCGAGUACUGACACCGGAAAGCCUUUCGAGGGGACAAAUUCUGGAGGAUAUAGGAUAGCAGAAGACGUUUAGACGCGUUGUUGAUUCUUGAUUCCUUAACGGUUGACUAUUUCAUUAGAGAUUAGGCGAUGCAUCGCUUUGGUGAACGCAAAGAUGGUGCAAAAUGUACAUAAUGAGAGUACAUCGAAAAGAGGAUUCGAACUAUUUCUUUUUUAAAGAGAAGAAAUAUUAGAGACUAGAUUUUAAGAUCUAUCUGACUGAGAAGCGUAAGUCAAUUUCAUAGUUUCAUUUUUAAACUUUAAACAAUUGUUUUCUUAUCCAAAUUUUGUGAUAUUUGUAUGUAAUGUAUGAAUGAAUAAAUGAAUGAAUAAAUCUAA